AUGUGGAAACUCCAUUUAUCGUGGGAUGAACCUGUUAGUGAUGAGAUUGCUAACAAAUGGAAGACUUUCCGAAAUGAUUUACAUCUUAUUCAACAAUUAAAAAUACCGAGAUUUGUUUUGAUUCCUGACGUGAACUAUAUUGAUAUCUGUGCUUUUUGUGAUGCCUCCGAGAAAGGCUACUGUGCAGCAAUUUAUUUGCGUUCAGUGUCACGUAAUUUGGACAUCAAAGUAACACUCUUAACAUCAAAAACAAAUUCCCCUCUGAAAGUGCAAUCAUUACCUCGAUUAGAGUUAUGCGCCGCAGUUUUGUUAGUGAAUUUGCUUAAAUCAGUGUUAGAACAUUUAGAGUUUCCUAUACGUAAAGUUUUGGCCUGGACAGAUUCAACUGUUGUACUGUCCUGGAUUUCUGCAGAACCAUACCGUUGGGUUCCCUUUGUUGCAAACCGCGUUGCUAAAAUACAGAAUACAAUUCCUAAUGUAAGGUGGAACCAUAUCAAUGGAAAGCGGAACCCAGCUGAUUCAGGUACAAGAGGAAUGUUUCCAGCAGAAUUUCUGAAGUGUGAACGAUGGUUCAUUGGACCUACUUGGUUAUAUUCACAAGAUUUCGAACCAUGUCCUGACAGUGAACAUCUUUCUGAUGUAGAUUAUGAAGGAGUUCGUUUUCUGACAACCGAUGAGCUUCGAUUAGCUACAAAAACAGUGAUAAAAAAUGUCCAAGAAUCAUAUUUUCCUCAAGAGCUCUCUUAUUUAAAAACAUCGAGAGAAUUAAAAGGUGUGAGCAGCCGAGUAAUACAAUUAACUCCCUUCCUUGAUGAAGAAGGCGUCAUUCGAGUAGGUGGUCGCUUAAAAAUGCAAACAUUCCUGAAAAUAGCAAACAUCCUAUUUUGCUUCCAAAGGAAGGACAUGUCACUAAUCGUAACUCAUUACCAUGUCAAUUAUUUGCAUGCUAGUCAAGAGUUAUUAAUAAGCACUUUACGAAUGCAGUUUUGGAUUCUUUCGGUGAGAAGCGUAGUGAGAAAGAUUAUUCACAGAUGUAUUCCUUGUAUUAGGAAUCGAGGCAAGACUGUGACCCAGAUAAUGGGUGAUUUACCCUCGCUCAGAGUUCAACCAUCAAGACCUUCUGCAGUCACCGGUGUUGAUUAUGCUGGUCCAUAUUCUAUUAAGUCCCAAGUUGGGAGAAGAACAAAAACUUUCAAGUGUUACGUAUCCAUUUUUGUGUGUUUCUCAACAAAAGCUGUACACUUGGAGUUAGUCAGUGAUUUAUCAACUUCAACGUUUUUAGCAGCUCUAAAAAGAUUUAUCGCCCGACGAGGCAAACCAUCUAAAAUUUCGAGUGACUGUGCUACUAACUUCAAAGGUGCUAGUAAGGAACUGAAGGAGAUUUAUAAAAAUGCAGCUCGCAUUGAGAAAAGCAGUGAAUUAUGUGACUACAUUACCUCAGAAGGUAUAACUUGGUUAUUUAAUCCUCCGACAUCUCCUCACUACGGUGGCUUGUGGGAAUCUAAUGUGAAAUCCAUGAAAUUUCAUCUUAAACGAGUAUUAGGAUCCACACUUCUAACUUACGAGGAAUUUUUAACAGUGCUUACACAAGUGGAAGCGUGUAUGAAUUCCCGUCCUCUUUGUGCGAUGUCUAGUGAUCCAAACGACUUUAGUGCAUUGACUCCAGGUCAUUUUCUGAUUGGAGCCCCUUUGCUUGCCAUUCCGGAAUCUGACUUGAGUGAUGUGAAAUCUUCACGACUUAAACGUUGGUCUCUAGUUCAACAGACUGUGCAACAUUUUUGGAAACGAUGGUGUGCAGAAUAUUUAACAACACUUCAACAACGUGCUAAGUGGUUUCGUGCGUCUCCAAAUCUAAAAUGUGGUGAUUUAGUUCUGAUCAAAAACGAACAACUGCCUCCAAACCAAUGGAAAAUUGGAAGAAUUGCCUUAAUUCAUCCAGGUAGUGAUAAAAAAGUUCGAGUGGCUACAAUCCAUACAGCCGCUGGUGAUUUCAAACGAGCUGUUACUAAAUUGUGUCUUAUCCCCAAUCAUGACUAA